AUGGCACAGAAAAAAGUUAUUAAUGUAGCACCAAGGAUUGUAGCCAAGGGAUCUGUAAUAAGCAUAGCCAGUCAAGCAAAUAUUCAUGCGAUGAAUGAACAGCCAUGUGAGACGAGAUGCAAAAGAAAAUCGAAAACUGGAAAUCUCACUUUUUGUUGUUGCGAUGCUUUUUCUCAACGAAAUGUAAUUGAAAACAUCUUCAAAUGUAAGUACAGAGAAGCUUUAUUUUAA